AUGUAUUUCUCUCCCAAGACUUUGCUGCUUAGUGCAUUCACUGCUCUUUUAGCUGCACCAGCAACUGCAAGAUACUGUGGCGAUGGACCCUGGAGCAAUUCUGGUGCCAUAGGUGGUGAAGGAGGCGAAGAGUUCUGUGAGACCCGAUUCAUCAAAGACGGUCUAGUCAUGAAGGGUUUCCAAGUAUGGGACCACAGGAAGAAGGGAAUCAUCGCCAUCCAGUUCCACUACUCAGACGGCAGCACCAGCAAAACUUACGGAAGACAAACCGAAGGUGAUGUCCAACCACCUUUCACUUGGGAUCCUGCCACCGUCAAGGUAUCCCAACUCAAGCUUUGGGGCAAUGGAAGGGGAACGCGAAGUGGCGCCGUUUAUGUCCGCCUCUCGGACGGAAGGGAGGCUCAAUUUGGCAAGAGCGUCGACGGUCAGGAUACUUAUGAGUGGGAUGUUGCUUCAGGCAUUAUGCUGAAUGCCUACGGCGCACAUGGAGAUAUGAUCGACAGACUUGGAUUCAAUUUCCUUAAGAGCAAGGUCGAGAAGGUGACAAUAGACAACGUAGCCUUCAAAGAGACUCCCGAAGAACUCAACAAAAGACAAAAAGGCAUCGAGUCCAAGACCAUCCGCCAGCAGAGCCUCAUCAACGACUCUGGAACCGCCAUUGCCGAGAAGUUCGGCGAGACUGUCGAAGAAGAGAACACCAGGUCAUUCUCCGAAACCCUACAACACAAUUUUGGCUUCUCAGUCACCGCCGAAGUCUCCGGCAAGAUCCUUGAUCUCGGCGCAAGCGCUUCAACCACCCUAUCCUACGGAUACACCAACACGCAGGAGAGCUCGGAGACCACGCGCGAGAACGUUGUCAUCUUGAGGGAGAGGUCCUACACCGUGGAGCCGCGUUCAUCUCUGUACUGCCGUGCUACUGCUUACAAGGGCACGUACGAGGCCGAGUACACUUCUACCGUCACAGUUCACCUGGCGGACGGUGAUAAGAUCGAGUUUGAGCGUGAGGGCGUCAUGGAACAGCUCACUUGGUCAGAGGCCGAGACCCACUGCUCAGACAAGCCGUUGAACGGAACGCGCGCUGUUGCGUUCAGGGCAUAG